GCAAAUUCUUUACAAAGUAAAUAAUCAAAACAAAACAAAAUAUUUUAACGACUGAACAUUUUUCACUUAUAACGUUAACGUUAAACUAAAAGAAAAUUUUUGUGAUGAUUUAAAAUAAUAUAUUAUUUGUUAAUACGAUUUAAUUUUUGAACGACGUUCAUUUUAUUACCAUUGAACUUUAUCUACUGGCAUUUUGUCUGUUUUUGGAUUCCGUUUAUGAAAUCCUGGAUAUAAAAAUGGAAAACAAGCUUACUCCGUUAGAAGCCAUUCACGUUGUUUCUGCAUUAGAAGAUUGUGUUGAUCAGCUAUUUGUUCUUAACAGCGUAAUAGCAGGAAAACCCGAAAUAAACCAAGAAAAAGUAGAUACAUUAACGCGACUUUUAGAACAACGUAAACUACUUGAAGCGCAAUACGUUGAAUUAAUAUCUCCAGAAAAAUCCCAAGACGAAUAUUUAGAAAAUGAACUUACAAAAAAAAUCCAUAAAAAUACGCUAGAAAUCAAUAAAUUUAUGCGAAUAAACAAAUCCCAUGAAGAUUCAGGCCAAAAAAUACAUAAAGAUCUGCAUUUUGUGCUCAACGUUUUGGAAUCCACAUUGCUAGAAGUGAAAUCUCAGCACACUUUUAAUUCACUUGUUGAAAUUGUGGAAAAAGAAAAAGAGAAUAAGAAAAAAAUUCAAGAUGUAAUUUCAAAAGAAGAGGAGAGUAGAAAGCGACUUAAACAACUUCAAAAAGCUGUUAUAGAUACCAAAAAAGAGCAAGAAAUUGAAUUAGAAAAUAAAAACGAAUUAAUUGCUAAUUUAAAAGAUAAAUUACAAGAAAUAAAAGCAAAAACAAACAUGGAAGUUCGAUAUUUAAAAAAAGAUGCUGAGGUUCGAUUAGCAUGUUUUCAAAAAAAGUCUAAAAUUGCUGAACAAGAUCUAAGAAAUGAAUUGGCAACUCUUAACCGACAAGUUGAAGAUGAAUCACGCUGCAAUGUGGAAAUCGAGACCUUCUUGCGUUUGCAACACACUUUGCUGGAAGAAAAAGUUGAAUACUGGAUGAACAAAUACGAUACUGACGUUGAAAAUAAACAAUUGGAGCUCGAUAACUUAAAACAAACAAAAUUGGCCGACCUAACUCGAUUGCAGGAACUAACAGAAACGUUUUUUGAAUAUAGUAAAGUUAUCGAAGAAGAUCGUCUUGAAAAAGAAGCACAGCUAGAGAAGGAAAAACUUGAAUUAAAAGAAAAAAUAGCAUGUUCGAAAAUUCAAGCCUGGUGGAGAGGAAUAAUGGUUCGACAGCAACUUGGGCCCUUCAAGCCAAAAAAAAAGAAAAAAGGUACAAAAGGGAAAAAAAAGGGUAAAAAAAAAUAAGAAAAGUUGUAUGAAAAAAAAAAUGCUUCUGAAUAAAAGAAAUAAGAAAAAAAAA